CCGCCGGCCGCCCGGACUGCCGGGCUGCUGCGGUCGUCGCGGCCGGGCUCGGCGCAGCCGCUCGGCUCCUUGGCCCCGCGCAGCGGCCCGCUCUCCAGCACCUCUCGCUGAUAGAAAUGGGACGCCGGUCCUCAGAUACUGAAGAAGAAAGCAGAAGCAAGAGAAAAAAGAAACACCGUAGACGGUCGUCUUCGAGCAGUUCUUCAGACAGCAGAACGUAUAGUCGAAAGAAAGGCGGAAGGAAAUCAAGAUCGAAGUCCAGAUCUUGGUCCAGAGAUCGUCAGCCUCGUUCACAUUCUUAUGAUAGAAGACGCAGACAUCGCUCAAGUAGUAGCUCUUCUUACGGCUCUAGAAGAAAACGAAGUCGAAGUCGUUCCAGGGGUCGUGGAAAAUCCUAUAGAGUUCAGAGGUCUAGGUCAAAAAGCAGAACAAGAAGGUCCAGGUCAAGAGCUCGUCCACGUUCUCAUAGUCGAAGCAGUGAAAGGUCCAGCCAUAGAAGAACCCGAAGUCGGUCUCGGGAUAGAGAACGACGUAAAGGCAGAGAUAAAGAGAAAAGAGAAAAGGAGAAGGAUAAAGGCAAGGACAAGGAAUUACACAUCAAACGUGGGGAAUCUGCAAACAUCAAAGCUGGAUUAGAACAUCUGCCACCAGCUGAGCAAGCCAAAGCCAGACUACAACUGGUUCUUGAAGCUGCUGCAAAAGCUGAUGAAGCACUGAAAGCCAAAGAAAGAAAUGAGGAAGAAGCAAAGAGAAGAAAGGAGGAAGACCAAGCCACCCUGGUAGAACAAGUGAAAAGAGUAAAAGAAAUUGAAGCUAUUGAAAGUGAUUCUUUUAUUCAGCAGACAUUCAGGUCAAGUAAAGAAGUCAAAAAGUCAGUGGAACCUACUGAAGUGAAACAUGCGACUUCAACAUCAGGACCAGCAUCAGUACUUGCUGAUCCACCCAGUACUGAAAAAGAAAUAGACACUACCAGCAUCCCUACUGCAAUCAAGUACCAAGAUGACAAUUCUCUGGCCCACCCAAAUUUAUUUGUUGACAAAGCUGAUGCUGAGGAAAAGUGGUUCAAGAGAUUAAUUGCACUCCGACAGGAAAGGCUAAUGGGCAGUCCAGUGGCUUAAGUAAAUACACAUGUUGUUGAAUUUACAGUACCAUUGAAAAGUCAGGUUUUUAAAUCCCAAUAUUAACUUUUUACUCUUAGAAACAAUUUAGCAGAUGUAAUCUCAUUUCAUUCUUCUCUCUUAUAGGCUCAAAUAUUUGUUGAUUUGAUUUAAAUAAAACAUUGCAUAUAAUUAAUGUAAAAUGUAAGAAGCAUGAAAAUGUAAUGGUAUUAAUAAAGUCAAAAAAAGUCAAUACUAAAAUAAGUGGUA